GGGGAGGAUUGCGGUGAACAAUAUAUUUCCUUGUGCGAGUCAGAUGGAAGACGGUCUGGAGAACACGAUUGAAAUACGGGAAUAAUCGAACCGAAUUGCCCACAAGCAUUACACAGUUGUCAAUAAAUGUGCUCUUUUAUUUAACGCAAAUGUUCGUUUCGGGCAUAUGAACACUUACUCGAUGUGAUUGGGGCAAGCGAUUUGAGUUUCUGUCUGGUUUGUGAUCUUGGCUAUACUGCUAACUCCCGGCGUGGCUAUGACGGAGUUGCUGUCUGAUUUGGAUAGUCGUUUCUUCGCUGAUAACCUUUUGACCAGCGAGGACUGGGAUGCCUGCCUGUACCAGUGCGAGAGCAUGGAGGAGGGGGAGGAGGCGGAGUUCACCAAACAGCUGGCAUACGACACCGUGUUCAACAACGACCUCGCCACGUGCCUCGAUCCCCACGACCCCGCGUUGCCGUGGAAACAGCCCAGCGACGACGACGACCUUCUCACAGGUGACAUUCCUGUUUUAAAGGAGGAUAGGACCAUCGUUCAGUCCCUGCCUGUUGACAUGCUGUUCCAAGUGAAGGCGGAGCCUCUGUCCCCAGCCUCCUCAUUGGCUUCUGACUGCUCCCUCCCGGAGGUACAGGUGACAGUUAAAGGGGAAAACCCUCCGACCCCCCCUUACAUGUUUGGGGACGUCCUGUCCCCGCCCUUGGGAACGGUCCAAGUCACCGUCACCCCCUCUCCACAACCGCAACCACGGCAACCACAACCGCAACCACAGGAACACCAAUCGCACAACGGCGUUGAGAAGAAGCCCCCUGCCACAGUCCUGCCUUCUCCCUCCACCCUAAAGGCCAACUCGAUACUCAGCAGCAAGCUGCCCAUCCAGCCCCGCCCAGUGGGUGUGGCCGCCAUGCCAGUCACUCCAAGCCCCGCCCCUGCUAAGGCCCUCCUCCUGCAGAGCCUGCCCUCCAUGGACCAGAAGCGGCCAGUGGUCCUCUCUCAGUCCGUCUGUCUGGCCUCCGCCCCCGCCGCCAUCGUGAAGGUGGAGCCCGUGUCUCCCAGCAUGCAUCACUGCGCCAGCCCGGCCGCUCCGCCGCCUGCCAAGCCCAUUAUCCCAGCAUCCCCUCUGCCUGGGGGCAGCUGCGGUGACAUUGAUAUGAAGGUGCUGAAGCGGCAGCAGAGGAUGAUAAAGAACAGGGAGUCGGCCUGUCAGUCGCGCCGGAAGAAGAAGGAGUACCUGCAGAGCCUGGAGGCGCAGCUGAGGGAGGCGCAGCGGGAGAACGAGCGCCUCCGCAGGGAGAACCAGGCGCUGCGCCAACGGCUCGCCGGGACCGAGGGGGGUGACUCCAGUAAUAGUAAGAGGGUGUUCUGCAUCAUGGUGGUUCUGCUGUUCAUCACCUUCAGUUUUGGCCCCGUCAGCAUCACGGACAGGAAGCUGGAGUCUGGGUUACAGGAAGGGGUGGUCCCUCACACGGGAAGGCACCUGCUGCAGCUGCCCCAGGAGAGCAGGAGCCGGGAAGGGAGCGAGGGAGUGGAGGAGGAGAGGCCGGAGAGUGAGGAGGAUGGGGAGGAGAGAGACUCCCCUGUCUCCUUCCAGUUCAGGAACCAGAGCAGCGUGUUCAGCGACGUCAAGGACCUGGUUCUGCAGGACAUUGACCGGUACUUCAGUGCCACGGACUGCAGGCAGUUCAACCGCUCUGAGUCUCUCAGGCUGGCAGAUGAGUUGAGGGGCUGGGUUCACAGGCACCAGAUCGACAGGAAGAAGUCGGGGGGGAAGCCCAAGAUUGCCAAGAAAGCUAAAAUCGCUCAGAAGGCACAGCUGAGAAAGGCAAACUUCUCCAGGUAUCUGCCCAUCCAGGCCCAUCGUGCCAUUGAAAGUCAACUGCAGGUGUUACCAGGGCCAGAGGUCAGCUACAGUGACUUCCUGGACGCCAUCGACAGACGCGAGGACACCUUCUACGUGGUCUCCUUCAGACGGGAUCACCUGCUGCUGCCAGCAAUCAGCCACAACAAAACCACCCGUCCCAAAAUGUCCCUGGUGAUGCCGGCCAUGUCUGUCAACGAGAGCCUGUAUAACUCCUCUCAGGGGUAUGAGAUGAUGAUGCAGGUGGACUGUGAGGUCAUGGACACGCGCAUCAUCCCCAUCAAGGCCUCCGCCGUUCCGCCGUCGCUACGGGACCCGCCCCCGGCUCCGCCCCCGCACCAUCACCACGGCAACCACACCUCCCUCCGUGGCCGCCACGCCCACGGCCACACCCACCCCGGGGCGGCUGGGUCUCCACGGCAACCCUUGCCCGGGAGGGGGAGGGGGGCGGAGCUCUACAUCACUCAAGAGGGGGGGAUAUGAGAUGAGGGGGUGUGGGGGGGGG